AUGUCGGCGGAAUGCACGUCUUUUAUUAUUGAUGUAUCGAAUUCAAUGGUCUCAAACUAUAGAAUUGAUAACAUCAUCUCUUAUUUAGAAUAUGUGUUCUUUGACAAAGUCAAGAAGUCUAGAAAGACAGAUUAUAUCAGUGUAUACCUUUGUAACUCAAAGGAGACAAAUAACUUCAUGGGCAUUGAGUAUGUUUAUCAGGUUUGUGAAUUCAUUGCACCAAUGACUUCAAUUGAUUUGUGUAACAUUUCUCAUUAUAUUAGAAACAUGCCUCCAAUGGAUGAAAACCUUGAAAAUAAUAUGGAUAAGAACCUUUUGCUUUCCUCUUUGGAAAUUAAGGAUAAGUUUGGUAAGACGAAAAUGGAUAGGAAAAUCAUGAUCUUUACUGACGAUUUAGUUGGUUUAAAUUUACAAGAGGAUGAAAUCAACGCUUUGGUAGGUGAGUUCAAUGGUAGAUUCAUACUAAUAGAUUGUAAUGAUGAACAACAAGAUCUCAAAGAGGACGAGAGUUCAUGGAUAAAACUAAUUAAUUGUGCUCCAAAAUCACAAUUAUUCCAUAUUAAUGAAUUACUAGAGGAAAUCGCUAGUCCCAAACCAGCUACGGUAAAACCUGUCAGAAUUUUUACGGGAGAUCUGAGAUUGGGUGCUGAUAUAUCCACAAUAAUGGAAGAAGAUACGGAGAUUGACCCAUUUACAGAUCCAUUUUCUUUAUGCAUGAGAGUUGAAGGUUAUCCCGCUACGAAAUCCGUCACAAGUUUAAGCAAGAAAACUGUUUUGAAGACAGAAGAUAAAAAAUAUUCCUCCAUAAAGAGCAUUGUUGAAUAUGAACUCCAUAAUGACAAGAAAGAUACUCAAUCUAAGGAAAGUGAUAUGAAGGAAAAAUUUAAAGAAAAAGAGGGGGAAAAGGAGGGAGAACUGCCCUAUAAUAUAAUUACUGUCUCUAAGGACUAUAUCACGAAGGCAUAUAGAUACGGUAGUGAUUAUGCAGUUUUACCACCCCCAUUAGCGGAAAAAUUUUAUUAUGAGACAAUACCUGGCCUUGAUAUUAGAGGAUUUGUCGAUGAAAGUUCACUGCCGAGAUACUAUCUUAGUUCAGAAUCCGUUUUCAUCUUAGCCGAUACGAGAAUGGGAUCAAUGGCAGAUAUAUUUGCAUUCGGAGUUCUAGUAGAUGCCAUGUACAAGAACGAAAAAGUGGCCAUCGCAAGGUAUGUUCAAAAAAAACUGAGUGACGUUGAAAUGGUGGCCCUAAUACCCUUGAGAAUAUCUACUGAAAAUAUUAACGCGAAGAGUGAUGUUAGAGCACUGAUAUUGAAUAGAAUACCGUUUGCUGAAGAUAUGAGAGUUUCAGACUUUCCAAAGUUGGUGAAUAGGAGGACGACAUCUGGUAAAAGCAUAAAUGUUGAUGAAGAUGAGACCAUUGAGCUUGACAAAUUAAUGAAUGAGUUUGUUGAUUCAAUGGACAUGGACAACCUAACAGGAGUAGCUGAUGACAAGUACUAUCAAAGCAUAAAUGAAGUGAAUAGUGACACAACGCUGGUCUUGCCGGCGUCAAGAAGGAAAGUGGAGAAGGAAGAAGAUCCAUUGCGAAUGCUAGCGAUAACAAAUCACUUACAAGUACAAGUUUUACGCGAAUAUUUACAUCAAAUAAGUUUAAAAGGUGAUGAAGGUCUAUCGGUCAAUGCACCGACAUUACCACGCUACCUAGCAGAAAAAAUUGAACCCCAUGUGAUUGAUUCUGAUAGGAAUGACAGAAUCAGUACAGAUCUCAUGUCGUUGGCUAGACUUGCUAAGACUGAUGACACGGAAAAGGCAGCCAGCAGAGCAACACAGGAGCAGUUGGAAGCCGUCGCAGAGGGCCCACCAGUAGAGGACCUCUUGGCAGCGGGAAGAAGAAAUCAGUAA